AUGGCAUCCUCGGCGCUCCCAGAGACUCUCCGCUCCGUCACCUCGACGAAAAUCCUGGAGGUGAGGAAACAGCGUGACCAGUACGAGGCAUCCAAGAACGAUAUCAUUCGUGAGGCAAAACCGGUCAAGGAUGACCUCGAACGCACAUGCAAGCUAUUGGUUGGCUCCUGCCGUCAAGCCGGCAUUACUGUCGUCAAUGAUGAAUCGUGCGAUUCUGAUUCCGAGACCGAUCCAGCUUCUGACCUUGCACGGACCCGUCGAAACCAACAGCUAUUCCUCCGACAAGCGGGCAAAGAUCCUGCAUUCGCUUCUGAAAUUGUCCACCGAAUCCACGACGAGUUAGUGGAGUACCUCAGUCUCAAAAGUGUACAGCAUGAGCACGCACAGUUCUUCUCUGAGCUGGUGACCGAAUGGCUCUCGAGCCCCACGGACAUCAGCCCGCGCCAAUCUGAACACGGUUCGAUGGAGGAGUCGUCAUUUGAGAGUGUUGGUCGAAAGGAAAUGCACGAACAGAGAGCGCAGUGGGAGUCUAUCGUCUUCUCCAAUUCCGAAAACGAUGAUACGGAAAUUCAUCGCUACCUUAACCAAUUAUUCAAGUCAGAAAAGUCGAUCUCCAAAAGUUUCAAGAGCAUUGAGACCUCGACGAGGGCUUUUUGCAACACUCUUCGCUGCACAGCGGAACUGUUCAGUGCAAACGACCUCAAAAUGACAAUUACUAGUCUCUUAAGGACCGAUCUCUUAUCCGACGAGAAGGCUGCCAUUCUGAAAUCUUUUCAAAAUAAUGCGGCGGUACUCCAGGAGGUCGCCGACGUGUUGAACAUGAGAUUCACCUCUCUUGAGAGCUGGAGGUGGACGACGGUCAGCGGUGCAAUCUCUAUCGAGCAACGUCGGCAACUAAACGGGAAAUAUCGAGUAUUCAUGGACGAGGAUGUCCUCGAUGCGAUUCUGCUUCACGCCAUAGGUAUGAAGUGGGCGGUCCAUUUCAAGUCUUGCCUUACCGGUUUCUUCCUCUCCCCUGCCUGGCGAACUGCGGGGGUUGACAUGCCCAAAAAUGACCGGGACCGACGGCGGUAUUUCCUGGACGAGGAAUCGGCUUUACGCAACUGUGUGGAGGAGCGCCGAAAGGAUCGGUAUGAACAAGACUAUUUUAUGUCCCAGCUGCCAAGCACGGAGUCUGAAGGAGCACGCGGGUAUGACAGUGAUGAUGAUUCGACGCCGGGCAGGAAGAGCCCGGUCGAAACGAAGCAGGGUCUUUUACACUUGCUCAUCACCGAAGCUCUUGUUUCACAUCAUAUUCGGCCAGGGGUGCCACAUGCCGUAAUUCGUUCAGACUUCCAGUGGUUCGGGCCAUCCCUCCCUCAUGGCGCUAUCUUCGCUGUGUUGAAAUUCUUUGGUGUCGAUUCGGGCUGGCUGGACUUCUUCCAGAAGUUCCUGCAAGCGCCCAUGCGAUUUGUUCAGGACGGCCCAGACGGCCAAUAUCAUGUUCGUCAACGAGGCGUCCCGAUGUCCCAUGCGCUCAGCGAUGUCUUUGGUGAGGUGAUUUUGUUUGUUAUGGAUUUUGCGGUGAACAAAGCCACCCAAACCUAUCUCUACCGUCUUCAUGAUGAUUUCUGGUUCUGGGGAACGCAAGAUCUGUGUAUUCGUGGGUGGGAAGCAAUGAACAAAUUCGCCUCGAUCAUGGGUAUCGAGUUCAACAAAGAGAAGACUGGGAGCGUUGUGUUCGACCAGGGCGCCGUUACCCGACCCACAGAUCAUCAAAUUUCCGACUCCAAACAUGAGGUCGGGCACGACAGAGGAUCACCGCAGAAGGCACACUUGCCAAAGGGUGAUGUACGCUGGGGCUUCCUACGCUUGGAUGCGAAGAGUGUCCGAUUUGUAAUAGAUCAGGGCAUGGUCGACGAGCACAUCAAAGAACUUCAGCUGCAGCUGUCCCAUUGCACGUCGAUAUUUUCGUACAUUCAGGCAUACAAUGCGUACCUGGCGCGGUUCUUCAGCAACAACUUCGGGAAACCUUCGUUUGCAUUUGGUCGGGGUCAUCUGGAUGACAUGAUCGAUACAUUUGCCAAAAUCCAGAAAGCACUCUUCCAGGGUGGUUCAGUAACGGACUAUCUCUCGAAAUUGGCCCAGGAGCGUUUCGAGGUCAAGGAUGUCCCCGAUGGAGUCUGGUAUUGGCCUGUUCAGAUGGGAGGUCUCGAGCUGCGCAAUCCACUUGUGCCGCUCUACUGCAUGCGAGAGACGAUGCUUCAAACUCCGCAGAAGAUUCUGUCGAAAUGCCUCGACCUCGAGGAGAAGUCAUAUCUCGCUGCCAAAUCCCAGUUCGAUUCAGAAAUGAAAAAUUACGGAAGAAAGAGGUCAUACCCGUCGGGACUGCCCACUUUUGGCGACAAAUUCAUGUCGAAGGAGGAAUACCUAAGAUACCGCGAGGAGCGGUCGAUCAAUCUUUCUAAUGCCUAUUGCCACCUACUCGACAUUCCCGCCGAGUUUCAUGUCCAUGCGACUAAUGAGAUCACCGCAUGGCUGGACAAGCUACCCUCGGCACCCCGUGGGCAGAAAUUGUCGUCCUUUGGUAUUCUCAAAUCGUUUGACUCGAUGAAUCCGUAUUGGAAAUGGAUGCUAGCAGUCUACGGUUCUCAGAUUGUCGAAAAGUAUGGAAGCGUCCAGAUCGUGGACGCGGCACAGGUUCCAUUGGGGGUUGUUAGUGUCAUGAAGGGAGGUAAAGUCCGAUGGCAGGGUUGA